AUUAAGAGAGGUUCAUCGUCGUAUCAGUUACUCUUCAUCCCUCACUGCUCUGAUUGAGAACCUUUUGUCUUGACUUUGAAUCACUGAAGAGGAUGAAGUUCAUUAUGAUGUUUCUCGUGUUGACGCUGGUCGUCCUCAUGGCUGAACCUGGAGAGGGCUUCAUUGGACACCUGAUACACGGAGUCCUUCGCGUUGGCAAGCUGAUCCAUGGGUUGGUGCACAGGCAUGGAAAGAUGGACCAGCAGGAGCUGGACAAACGUUCGAUUGUUUUCGUACCAGAUCAGCCCCCUGUUCAAUAGAGAGAGAGAGACCACGCUUUUGUACUGAUAUCAAUAAAAAAUGCUUCUUGCUUUUCAUGAUAAAAAAUAUAUAUACACCUUCUUAAAAACGUGAUGCAUUGACAUUCAUUGAUUGAUGAAUCUUGAAAAUGAAAUUGAUUAAAAGUCUGUUUUUCCUGAAUA